UUUCGAUGGUCUCAACGCGUGCUGAGCAGCGACUAGGAGGGAUAUCUCAUCCUGUCACUUCAAUGCGACCUGUGAGUGCACGAGUGAAGAUCAGACGCGAUCAUAUGUGAAGGAUCAGUGCCGCAUACACUCUCAGUCCAUGCUAAACCAAUCUUCGUCUUCCAGCUCACAAAUGACCAGUCAAUCACUUCCUUCUCGCCCAUAGCACAACUGAAGAGAUCCUCAACACUCACGUCGCUGUGAAGGAAUACCCAAACAUCAAAGUCGAUGAGUAUUGUGUCGACACCCCUGCUGACCCUAGGCAUGACCCGUCUCCCGUGGUCCGCCACAAGGGCUGGAAACUGUGCGAGAGCGGUGACUCUGACCGAUGCGUCGCUGUCGUGCGGGAAGCCAUCAGACUUGGGUUCCCUAUGUAUUGGAAAUGUUUCUUGUCGUGCAUACUCAGCGCUGCCGAAGGACACUGAUACAAAGCUGGAAAAUACCGUCUUCAUGCUGAACUUUCCUGGUGCAAACUGGCCAACGCAAGAUUGGUCCACUUUAUUGCUCCGACUUAAAUGCAAGAUCUAUUCAAUGAGCUUAACAACACCUUCAACUACCAAGAGAGCUGCAAGCCUGAGUUUGCCGAAGGUACUGCCGAAGAUCUUGAAGAUCAUUGGGAGCAGUGAGGUGGAGACGCAAGCAUUCACGACAAUCUCAUCGUCAUUCUCGAGAUCAGCAGUGAAGGCACCAUUACCAGCGUGCUCGAGCAAGACCCUACCGUUACAGUCGUGUCCAAUGGCACUACAACUUCGACAAAUGGUCAUGAUGGCGAAGGCGCCGUACCCGACAUGGAGAGACUUGCGAUUCGCACUUCAAGUAAAGGUCACGUCCGCACCAUGUCCGCCCCCAGCGGCGGCAAGAUGUCCAUGAGUCUUCUCAAGAUGCCUGAGAAUUAGUGAGUCAUAACCUAUACGUGUAAUAGCUUGCCCGGCAUAGCGCUUGUGGCUUACACAUUUCUCUCGCGUUCCUUCUAUGCGCAGAUUGUAAGAAGAUUACA